ACUCCAGCCUGGCAACAGAGCAAGACUCCAUCUCAAAAAAAAAAAAAAAAAGAGUGAUUGUGGAGAUGGCCUUUGGACUGGGUGGAUGGGGAAGGCAUCUGUGAAGAGUUGCAAAGUAAGGGAAAGAAGCUGUUGGAGGAGACAGAUGGAAUGCUGGAAGGAGAAGAUUCUGGAGAAAGAAAGCAGGCAUGAAGAACGCUCUGCACUGGAAGGGACUUGGUCUACCGAGGGAACAGCAAGGAGGCUGGAGCACAGUGAGCAGACAGUGGGAGGAGAGUACAGGCUGAAGUAAGAAAGACCAGCAGGGUCUUCCAGGCAUAGCCUUGAAGGCCAUGGAUUCUAUUUGGAUUUUAUUCUGAAGCAAGUGCAUUUUAAGCAAGUAAAUCAUGAGAUCUUAUUUCCCUUUAAAAAAGAAAAAAAAAAGGUUGAUCACUCUGAGUGCUGUGUGAACAGUGGGUUGGGGUGAGGGCAGUGUGGAAGCAAGGAGACCAGAUAUUAGACCAGAAGUCUAAUAAUGGGGGCUUGGACUAGGAUGGUGGUCUUGGAAAUUGAGGAAAGUGGAUCAAGGUUUUUGUUUGUUUAUUGUUGUUUGAAAUAGCACCUGUAGGACUUACUGACGGAUAGAAUGUAGGGGUAGGAGAAGGCACACUGACUCUGGGUUUCUGACUUAACUGACUGGAGGAAAUGCGGUGCCAUUUAAAACGUUAGGCGGGGAGGAUCAGGCUGAAGGAGCUUUAAAAGCUUUAAAAGUUGAGGUUCCUAUUAGAUAUACUAGCAGAGGUGUCAGUGGGGAGUUGGAAUGUGAAUCUGGAGUUUUGAGCCAUGUCAGGGGUACUGGGAGAGGUGCCUGAGCCAAAGAAGCUUAGGUGAGGAGGAUGGGGAAUGGGGGAGAGGCUCCUCAGGAAGCAGUGCUAGGGCUGGAAGAUCCUAAAGGUGGCAGGGGCUUCCUGCGCAUCUCCCAGCUCUCGCCGACUCACUGGUGUCGUUUAGUUUUCAGUGGGGCCCAGUCUUUUUCCCUUUGGGCCUGGUUCCUUCCUGGAUCCAGGCAUCUUUCUCACCCCGCUCACGCUGGCUUUUCCAGUUAAGCGGGAAUUAGGAAAAGAUCUGGGACCAGCCCUCUCUUCGUCAGAUGCAUCUUUGCUCAGGUGCCCAGUGACUCAGUUUGCCUGGUCACACAUUGAAUUCCUCGCCAUUCCUCAUCAUUAGCUCGGGGACUGGUGAUCUACAUAUGCAAAUGAAUAAUUAUCAAUAAUUACAGGCUGAAUCAGUGGCUACACUACAAAUAGAACUCAGGCGUCUUUACUCAGAUGCCUGGGGUUCUUCCCACCGCCCAGCGGACGCUGCGUCCGCCCCGCCAGCCGGACCCUUCCGGCGUAUUCGCAGCAGUAACAGGUUUAGUUUUUCUGCGGCCCCCUCUCGCUUCCGCGCCCUGCGCCGUCGCUGGACAAGUCGUGGGCGGGCAGAGGGCGGGGCCUGACCUGGCCUGGGGCGGGGCUCCAUAGUGGGCGGGGCUUCCUCGAGUUCCGGAGUCCAGUCGCUGGCCGCCUUGCUGGAGCGGAGAUGCAGCCGCCGCCCCGAAAAGUGAAGCCCGCCCAGGAGGUGAAGCUUCGCUUCCUGGAACAGCUGAGCAUCCUUCAGACCCGGCAGCAGAGGGAGGCGGAUCUGCUGGAGGAUAUCAGAUCCUACAGCAAGCAGAGGGCAGCCAUUGAACGGGAGUAUGGGCAGGCACUCCAGAAACUGGCUGGCCCAUUCCUGAGGAGGGAAGGGCACCGGAGCGGCGAGGUGGACAGCAGGACAGUGUCCGGUGCCUGGCGCUGCCUGCUGGAUGCCACCGUGGCUGGGGGCCAAACCCGGCUCCAGGCGUCCGACCGAUACCGUGACCUAGCAGGGGGUACAGGGCGGAGCGCCAAGGAGCAGGUGCUUAGGAAGGGAACAGAGAACCUCCAGAGGGCGCAGGCCGAGGUGCUGCAGUCUGUCCGGGAGCUGAGCCGAAGUCGGAAGCUGUAUGGGCAGCGGGAACGUGUGUGGGCCUUGGCACAGGAGAAGGCAGCUGAUGUCCAGGCCAGGCUAAACCGAAGUGACCAUGGGAUCUUCCACUCUCGGACCAGUCUCCAGAAACUGAGCACCAAGCUGUCCGCCCAGUCAGCCCAGUACUCCCAGCAGCUGCAAGCGGCCCGCAAUGAGUACCUGCUUAACUUGGUGGCUACCAAUGCCCACCUCGACCAUUACUACCAGGAGGAACUGCCAGCUCUGCUCAAGGCCCUGGUCAGUGAGCUGUCAGAGCACUUGAGGGACCCCCUGACCUCCCUGAGCCGCACUGAGCUGGAAGCCGCAGAGGUCAUCCUGGAGCAUGCCCACCGCGGAGAGCAGACAACCUCCCAGGUAAGCUGGGAGCAAGACCUGAAGCUGUUUCUUCAGGAGCCUGGCGUAUUUUCCCCCACCCCACCUCAGCAGUUUCAGCCAGCAGGGACUGAUCAGGUGUGUGUCCUGGAGUGGGGAGCAGAAGGCGUGGCUGGCAAGAGUGGCCUGGAGAAAGAGGUUCAGCGCUUGACCAGCCGAGCUGCCCGUGACUACAAGAUCCAGAACCAUGGGCAUCGGGUACUGCAACGACUGGAGCAGAGGCGGCAGCAGGCUUCAGAGCGGGAGGCUCCAACCAUAGAACAGAGGUUACAGGAAGUGCAAGAGAGCAUCCGCCGGGCACAGGUGAGCCAGGUGAAGGGGGCUGCCCGGCUGGCUCUGCUGCAGGGGGCUGGCUUAGAUGUGGAGCACUGGCUGAAGCCAGCCAUGACCCAGGCCCAGGAUGAGGUGGAGCAGGAGCGGCGGCUCAGCGAGGCUCGGCUGUCUCAGAGGGACCUCUCUCCAACCGCUGAGGAUGUUGAGCUUUCUGACUUUGAGGAAUGUGAGGAGACGGGAGAGCUCUUUGAGGAGCCUGCCCCCCAAGCCCUGGCCACUAGGCCCAUCCCCUGCCCUGCACAUGUGGUAUUUCGCUAUCAGGCAGGGCGUGAGGAUGAGCUGACAAUCACGGAGGGUGAGUGGCUGGAGGUCAUAGAGGAGGGAGAUGCUGACGAAUGGGUCAAGGCUCGGAACCAGCAAGGCGAGGUAGGCUUUGUCCCUGAGCGGUAUCUCAACUUCCCGGACCUCUCCCUCCCAGAGAGCAGCCAAGACAGUGACAAUCCCUGCGGGACAGAGCCCACAGCAUUCCUGGCACGGGCCCUGUACGGCUACACCGGACAGAGUGCAGAGGAGCUGAGCUUCCCUGAGGGGGCACUCAUCCGUCUGCUGCCCCGGGCCCAAGAUGGAGUAGAUGACGGCUUCUGGAGGGGAGAAUUUGGGGGCCGUGUUGGGGUCUUCCCCUCCCUGCUGGUGGAAGAGCUGCUAGGCCCCCCAGGGCCACCUGAACUCUCUGACCCUGAACAGAUGCUGCCGUCCCCUUCUCCUCCCAGCUUCUCCCCACCUGCACCUACCUCUGUGUUGGAUGGGCCCCCUGCACCUGUCCUGCCUGGGGACAAAGCCCUGGACUUUCCUGGGUUCCUGGACAUGAUGGCACCUCGACUCAGGCCGAUGCGUCCACCACCUCCCCCGCCGGCUAAAGCCCCGGAUCCUGGCCACCCAGAUCCCCUCACCUGAAGGCCAGGGAAGCCUUGACCCCCAGUGAUGCUGCUGCCCUUAUCUUCAAGCUGUCAGACCAUACCCUCAAUGAUCCAGAGCAACACAGCCAAAAGCUGGAAUCUCCCUUAUUUCCACCCUCACCUCCAAGGGUGGAAACUUGCCCCUUCCCAUUUCUGGGGCUGGAACCCACUCCUUUUUUUCCCAUUGUCCUAUCAUCUUUAGGACUGGAACUACUACUUUCUUUUCUGCCAUCACCCUAUCUAGCGUGGUGAAAUGCCUGAAAUCUCUGGGACUGGAAACCAUCCAUCAAGGUCUCUAGUGGUUUUGGCCUACCUCUUUCCCCACCCUGGCUCCGUGACCCACCCCACUCUGGAUGCCAGGGUCACUGGGGUUGGGCCGGGGAGAGGAACAGGCCUUGGGAAUCAGAAGGAGCUGGAGCCAGGAUGCAAAGCAGCUGUAAUGGUCUGAGCAGAUUUAUUGACAAUGAAUAAAGGGCACGAAGGCCAGGCCUGGGCCUGGGCCUCUUGUGCUAAGAGGGCA